AUGUUAGACAUGAUGGAGGUGGAGAAAGAUAUGCAUGCGCAGCGCCUGUGGCGGAUGCACCUGCAAAGCAACCCUCAGCCCCUGUGGGGCUGGCUGGGAGCUCAGAACCACAGCCUGGUCCUCGGGAGCAUCGCCUGGUGCGAUGGCUCAGCUUUCCUCGUGGGCUUCUUGAUCAAGGGAGAUACCGAGCACGGACAUAUUAGCAGCACCAUGCCGAAGAGAAAGACGGCUUCCUCGCUGAAGGGCCUUUGCCUGGAGAAGCUGGCUGCGAUCAUGCAGCACUUCAGCACCAAGAUCUACACCAAGAGUGAUAUGCAGCGCUACCACACCUGCUCCAUGGAGGGGCCCUUCCGUGAGCUGGCCGGCUCCGUCGUCCAGGAGCUGCUCCAGCUGCUUCGGAAGAGGAACCGCCUGGCCUACCCCGUGCUGUGCUGGCUGCUUGUGCCACAGCUGGUGGAGCUGGACCUGGACAGCUGCCCGGAGCUGGUCAGCAAGGAUGUUGCUGCGAUCGUCACAGGGCGCUGCACGAAUCUGUCCACGCUCACUCUCCGCAACUGCAGCCUGGUCUCUCCAGACAUCCUGCUCGACCUGGUGAAAGGGUUGCCGCGUCUCUUGAAACUGGACCUCUCGAACACCCAGUGUGACAUACAUGUCUUGGCAGCCGUGGGCGCCUGCUGCCAGCAGAUCCGGGAACUGAACAUCUCCUGCUGCAAGAGGCUGCCUCCCAGUGCCCUCCUUCAUCUGGCCUAUGACCUCCAAGGGCACUCCUUCCUCUGCCCGGCACUGGAGAAACUCACGGCUCUUUAUCUGGGGCCUGGCAUGACCAGAAAAGAGCUGGUUUCAGCGCUGGCCUUUGUGUUGCUCGCACUGCCCAGCCUGAAGGUAUUUUUCCAGGAGAACCUGGCAGAGGCCCUGUGUAUGGUCCACCUGCAGAACUUUGCCAGCGCCCAGAUCGCCCCGGGGUUUCCUUCUCUGGAUAAGCUGGUGCAGAACAGGCUGUCCACCCACACCAACGGGAGGAGGUCCCAUCUCACACUGCCCCUUAAGGAGAUACGGGAGAUCACCGAGCCCUACCUGCGUGGCGUCAGUGCCGUGUGCCCAGACCUGGAGGUCGUGACGGUGUUAAUACGGGAUGGCCCCAGCUGGGCCCAAAUCUUGCUGUCAUGGCGCCAUGUCACCCAGCUGAACGUCUGCUGCAAGGGGGCCAGGGACCUGAGGCAGCUCCUGCCUGUGCUGAAGUGCCUGGGGACCCAGCUUGAAUCCCUCUCAUUCAGCGUCUUCUCCUUAGAGGACGAGCUGGCGUUCCCGCUCCUGCUGAGCCACUGCCCCAACCUCCAGAAGAUGAGCACUUCCCUCUUCCCUCCACUGAGGUGUGACUGUAGCAGGGAGCCGGAUGCUGAGGCCUUGGGCUGGGACUUCCAGCUGGCUGCCAGCAAAUUCCCGCCCCUCUGCGACCUUGACCUGUGCUACUACGACACAGGGCACCCCCUGCCUGCACAGCAUGCAGAGGUGCUGAGGAGAACCCUCGUGGCCCUGCUCAAGCAGUCCCCAGGCCUGGAAAGACUGAGGCUCUUCGGCUUGCCGUUCUCCCUGGAUGAAGUGUUUGCGGAGGUGCUGGAGCCUCCCAACACGGCCCUGGUGCAGCUCCAGGAGCUUUCCCUGAUGAACAACAAGCUGUCCGUUCACACCAUCCACCAGCUGUUGUCUUCAGAGAAUCAGCUGCGCUACCUUACGUUGCAGGCUUGCUCAGACAUCCACAAGGUGGAGUAUGAGGAGCUCAGCAAGAGAAUCUGGUCGGAGCGCCUUGACCUGUUCAUAUUCGGGGCCUCUGUGUGGUGA